AUGCGGGCCUGCUCAAUUCUGCGCCGCAUCUCUCCCUCGGCCAAUUCCCUUCCUCUUCCUUGUCGCAUCCAGUCCGCUGCUGUUUCCCCGGAAAGAGGCGCUCAGAUCGCCUCCCAAUACGGUCGUCAGCCCCGACCAUUUCCACUCGUGCGACCUUACUCCACACGGCCGCAGUCUCAGCAUCAACCGAGGGAGGCAUCCUCUCUUUGGACUAUCACAUUCACCCUUCUGGCCGUUGGCGGAGGCGCCUGGCUCCACGAUAAGUACUUCACCUCGACGAAUAACCCGCCGCCGUCGCAUCCUUCCCCGACCACUCCGCCGCAAUCACACUCCUUCCUCCAAGUCAUCGAUACCCUCACCACAAUGCCUAUCGAACCCGCCCCGGGUACCGUCGGGACCCUGACCCCGGAACAAGAAGUCAAAUUGCAGGAGUUUUGGGUCCUCACCCUCAAGGUCUUCGGUGUCCCCCUCGAUGUCCUCGAGGCAGAACAUGCCAAUGGCAAGGCCAACGCCGAUGCCAGCCCCGCUCAGGAUAAGAAGAAGUCUCCCGGCAAGCGCCGGGGAUGGGGACUCUGGGGUAAAAGUGAGGAGGAGGACGACAACAAGAGUGUUUCUUCCGCGACCGACAUCACUUCGAGCCUGGCCUCGAUCAACAUCACCGAUGGCGACGAUAAGCACGGCCAGUCCAAGGAGUUCCAGCAGGCACUCGUCGAGCUGCAGCCGGAGGAGAUCCGCACCGCGUUUUGGAACAUGGUGAAGCAGGAUAACCCGGAUGCGCUAUUGCUGCGUUUCCUGCGCGCACGCAAGUGGGACGUCAAGAAGGCGCUCAUCAUGUUGAUUUCGACGAUGCGCUGGCGUCUGCGGGAUGUGCACGUUGACGACGAUAUCAUGACCAACGGCGAGGCCCAAGCCAUUAAAUACGCAUCGAGUACCGAUCCCGCUAAGAAGCAGAAGGGUGAGGAGUUUUUGAAACAGAUGCGCCUGGGCAAGAGUUUCUUGCACGGUGUUGACAAGUUCGGCCGACCUAUCUGCGUUGUUCGAGUGCGGCUGCACCGGGCAGCCGACCAGGAGGCGGAUACGUUGGAGCGAUUCACAGUCUAUACUAUUGAGACUGCCCGGCUACUCUUAGCGCCCCCGGUUGAGACUGCUACUAUCAUUUUCGAUAUGACCAACUUUACAUUGUCGAACAUGGACUACACACCUGUCAAAUUCAUGAUCAAGUGCUUCGAAGCCAACUACCCCGAAUCUCUCGGAUCCGUCCUCAUUCACAAGGCACCCUGGAUCUUCUCGAGUAUCUGGAGCGUCAUCAAGGGCUGGCUCGACCCUGUCGUCGCGGCCAAGAUCCACUUCACUAAGAACCGCGAGGACCUCGAAGCCUUCAUUGCCCCGGGCCAAAUCAUGAAGGAGCUCGAGGGUGACGAGAACUGGGAAUACGCAUACACCGAGGUGAAGGAGGGCGAGAAUGCCAAGAUGGAGGAUACCGAGACCCGCGACAAGCUGAUUGCCGAGCGCCAGACUCUGGCGAAGGAGAUCCAAGACGUCACUAUUGAGUGGCUUUGCGCGAGCUACAAGAAGGAUACCGAUGCUGUGAAGACUGCCAAGGAUAAGCGUAACGGCCUGAUUGAGAAGCUGCGUGAGCAGUACUGGAUCCUGGAUCCGUACAUCCGUGCCCGCUCGCUGUACGACAGACUGGACAUUAUCAAGGGCGAUGGUAAGAUUGAAUUUUAUCCUGAAGCCGAGAAGAAGGAUGCACAGGACGAAAAGAAGGCUAGCGGCGAUGCAGCCGUGGAGACAACGGAGGCUGUUCAGUCUGCCUAA